CCGGACGGGCGUGUGGCGUGGUUGGUGGCGCGUCUGCCUUGCAAGCAGAAGGCCGUUCGACUUCGGUCUCGUCCAAUCCUUUUGUCUUUCUCCCGCGCGGUGCACAGUGUGUAUGAGGGGGCGCGGCAGCAGGGCUCUACGCACGGCAUCAGGCGUCUCUCCCGUGCUUCAAGGCGGCGAUCUCGCGCUGGAGGUUGCGGAUGUAGACCGCGGCCAACUCGAUGGUGGUGGCCUUGGAGGGCACGGUGAUGCCCUCCUGGAAGGUCUGAGGGAUCAAGCGCGACAACUCGUGCACGGCCUGGUUCAUGCGCACCCGGCGCCCCUGCUCGGCGAUCUUGUGGGAGGUCUUCUUGCCCGGGACGCGGUCGCGCCUCCCCGCCAGCUCGGCCAGCUCGGCCAGCUCGCCGCCCAUGGCCUCGAGCACCGGCGAGGUCUCGGACAGCGAGGACCCGGGUGGCGCCGGGGCGGCGGCGGCGGGCCCGGAGGCCUGCAGCGCCGCGAGCCUGUUCAUGGUGAAGCCCAUGAGCGUGCCCGGCCCCAGCGCGGGCGGCGCGGCGUCGACCGGGGUCUUCUUGCCCUGGGGCGGGCGCAUGAGCGGCGGGUCGAAGGGGCGGGGCUCGUAGUGCUCGGGCGGCGGGUCGUAGUGGGUGCGCGGGGCCAGCGUCGGCUUGGCCAGGAGCGUCGGCGUCAGGUGCGGCGUGCGGCGCUUGGCCGGGCGGGCCGGGGCGUAGCCGUCCGCGGCAAACACGGCCAGCGAGCGGCGGCGGGCGGGCUCGGGCCCCGGCGCAGCUGCCUGCAGCUGCGCCUUCAACGCCGGCGACGUCAAGGGCUCGAAGUCCGUGGCCGCGGGCGCGUACGCGAGCUUGUUGGAGUUCACGUGCGCGUCGGCGGGCGUGGCCGCGGGCGACACGAGCGGCGAGAAGCCGUGCACGGCCAGGAGCCGCGAGCGCUGCUGGCGCUGCUUGUGCUGGAAGUGCUCCUGGUUGUACAGGCGGCUGUCCUGGCUGGGCAACACGGGCGACAGGAACAACGCGGCGCCGGCGGCCGCGAGGUGCGGCGUGUUUUCCACGAACGCCAGCGGCGGGUACGCGUGCAGGCCGUGGCCCACGCCGGCGGGCGCCAUGAAGUCCAACGCGUCGAGGCUGAAGUCGGGGGCGCCGGGCGGCUGGCCGUAGUAGCCGGGGUCCAAGUGGUCGAGCAAGAACGCGCUGUGGUCGUAGUGGGCGAAGUCGGGCGGCGCGAGCGGGUCCGCGGCGGCGGCGGCGGUGUUUGCGGCCGCGGCCGGUGCGGGCCUGGCCAUGGCGGCGGUGUUUGUGGCGUUCCCUGCGGCGCUGGGGCCGGUGUUUCGGCCGCUGUCUGGGGCGGUAUAUGGGCCGGUGUUCGGCCCGUUGUGGCCCGCCUGGCCGGCGUUGUGGCCGGCGUCCGUGGCGGCGUUCUGCCUGGCGUUCUGCCUGGUGGUUUGCCCCGAGUUUGGAGCCGUGGCGGCGGGGCUGGCGCCCGGCGGGGUGGGCGCUACAUGGGCCGGUCUAGCUCGGGCGCCAGGCGGCGUGGCGUGGUCGCGAGACAUGGAUUCGGGCCGCAGCGGCACGGGCAGCACGGCCCGCGGGUAGCGGUGGCGCGGCGGCGGCGGCGUGGCGGCGGGCGGCGGCGUGGCGGCGGGCGGCGGGUCUUGGAGGGGGCUCAGGGGCGCCAUGGCGGCGUGCGCGGACGGGCACAGCGGGUCGGGCAGGAACGCUGGCGGGGCCGGGGAAAAGCGGGCAGGGGCGGCGGCGGGCGGCGGCGCGUGCGGCGACACGAGUUUGGGGGCGCUGGCGGCGGGGCGGGGCGUGUUUGGCCGCGUGUGGUUGGGCGCCAGGAGGAGCCAUUGCGAGGACAUGGCGCUUGUGAGGAGGAGGAGCGGCGGUCACGUGCCGCGCGGGCUGGGAAAGGCGGGCCGGGCUGGGACGGCGGGUGUUUUUGGAAAAGCGGGGUUUUUGUGAAGGCGGGUGUUUUUGUGAAGGCAGUGUUUUUGGAAAAGCAGUGUUUUUGGAAAAGCAGGUGUUUUUGGAAAAGCAGAUGUUCUCGUGGAAAAGCCCGGUGCGGGAUAAAUAAGUGGGCCUGGGAAAUUAGGAGGGCCUGGGAAAAACGAGGGGCCUGGCGCGGGGCGCGGAUGGGCUCGAGGAUCGGGGCCAGUUGAGGGCCGGCGGCCAGGACGUGGAAUCUCGGGCAAAAGUCUGGAGAUCCGGGACAGCAGAAAAUUCGGAAAGCCGAGGAUCCGGAAAGCUGAAGAUUCGGGGAAGUCCAAGAAUUGGGGAAGUCCAAGAUUCGGGAAAGCUGAAGAAUCGGGAAAACAGAAGAUUCGGCAAGGUCCAAGAUUCGGGAAAGCUGAAGAUUCGGGGAAGUCCAAGAAUCGGGGAAGUCGAGAAAGAUUCGGAACCGAAGAAGAAACGAAAGAAAAGAAAUCUCGACAGUGUCCAGGAAAUCGUAA